CACUGCAGAAAAAGCUCUCUACACUCAAAACACUAACGAAAGAAGAAGAAGAAGAAGAAGAAGAAGAAGACACCAUCUAAGCUCAUCAGCACUCACCACUAUGGCUUUGAAGACGGCGUCGAUGAUGAACGGGAUGUGGAUGACGGAGGAAUGCAAGAGAUCGUUCAUGGAGAUGAAGUGGAAGAAAGUGCACAGAUACAUCGUUUUCAAGAUCGAGGAGAAAUCGAAAAAGGUCACCGUCGACAAAGUCGGUGCCGCCGGCGAGAGCUAUCACGAUCUCGCCGCUUCCUUGCCGGAGGACGACUGUCGCUACGCCGUCUUUGAUUUCGAUUACGUCACCGUCGACAACUGCCGCAUGAGCAAGCUCUUCUUCAUCACCUGGUCGCCGGAGGCGUCGAGGAUAAGGGAGAAGAUGAUGUACGCGACGUCGAAGAACGGACUGAGAAGAGUGUUGGAAGGCAUUCACUAUGAGCUUCAAGCCACCGACCCUACCGAGAUGGGUUUCGACAAAAUCCAGGACCGCACCAAAUAAAUUAUACUCACUGUUACUCUACUAUAUAUUAAGUCAUAACCAGCAAUUAAUUCUCUAUUAAUGUUAGUUGUUGUUGUUUAGUGCUUAACUUGUUUCCUUUUCUUGUCAAACAAAAUAAUUCUCUUCCUUUUCUUGACAACAAUGCUUCUCGACUACUAUUAGUGUUUCGUUCUUAAUUGUUUCUGUUAGUUUCGUAUAAUAAGAAUUAAUGGUUGAGUGUUAUUUAUGUCU